UUGAGAACAUUUCUCGGGGGUGUGGAAUUGUGGUUGAAGGCCGCGUUAGGGUUUCGGUGCGCGCAGCGGUGUGGCAUUGCGGCGGCCUUUCUAACCGGAGGGGCUGUGCUCAGGCAGGUUCGAUCGGGACGCGUUUGAGCCGAGCGUGAUUUCAUAUCGCUGGUUCAUGAUAGGGUUCCAGCUGCUCUUGCAGUUUUCUCCUGUAUCUGUGGCUUCAAUGCUGGUAUGUUUACACAGCCACGCUAGGUUGGGGUCCUUGGGGAUUGCAGAUUUUUUAUUUUAUCUUUGCGUGGUCUUCUUAUGCUUGUAUAUUGGGUUAAAAAUGAUGCUUGAACCUUGGGGAAGAUUGUGUCCGGUGUUAGAGGUCAGUGGUUUUCUAUCAGAGAGGAUGGGCGGAGGUAAUGCGUUAUUGUUGGAGGUGGUCCACAUUUGAGAAUCAGGAGACGAACACAUAGCUACUUGACUUUUGGCAUAAAGAAGCAAUGUGGCAAAUGACUUUAGGAGGAGGAGGAGAGUCUAUGGAGUCUGUUCCAUACCCUGAGCGUAUAGGAGAGCCAGACUGCAGUUAUUAUAUGAGGACUGGACUUUGUAGGUUUGGGAUGACCUGCAAAUUCAAUCACCCCCCAAAUAGAAAGCUGGCAGUUGCUGCUGCAAGGAUGAACGGAGAGUAUCCUUAUAGAGUUGGUCAACCUGAGUGUCAAUACUACUUGAAAACUGGAACAUGCAAGUUUGGAGCAACAUGCAAGUUUCAUCACCCCAGAGAGAAGGCUGCACUUGCAACCCGUGUACAGUUAAAUGUUCUAGGCUACCCGAUGCGUCCGAAUGAGAAGGAAUGCGCUUACUACCUAAGAACAGGGCAGUGUAAAUUUGCAAGCACAUGUAAGUUUCAUCAUCCACAGCCCUCUAAUACAAUGGUAUCUAUGCGGGGCUCUAUGUAUUCCCCUGGACAGUCUGCAACAUCUCCUGGUCAACAUACUUAUCCUGGGACCGUAACAAACUGGACCUUGUCAAGAUCUGCAUCAUUUAUUGCAAGCCCCAGGUGGCCCGGUCAUUCAGGCUAUGCACAAGUAAUCGUUCCUCAGGGCCUUGUUCAAGUUCCAGGGUGGAAUCCUUAUGCUGCACAAAUGGGUUCUUCAUCUCCAGAUGACCAGCAGCGAACACCUGUAACCACUCAAUACUACGGUUCACGUCAGAGUGAAACAGCUGGUAUGGGAGAUCAUGGAAUGUUUCAGUCAUACCAAGGAAGCUCUGUUCCAAUUGGAGUUUACACGGUUCAAGGGGAAAACAUAUUUCCUGAGAGACCUGAUCAACCAGAGUGUCAAUUCUACAUGAAAACUGGAGACUGUAAAUUUGGUGCUGUUUGCAAGUUUCAUCACCCUAAGGAGCGGCUGGUACCUGCUCCAAACUGUGCAUUGAAUUCACUUGGUCUUCCAUUACGUCCGGGAGAACCUGUCUGCACCUUUUAUUCUCGCUACGGCAUCUGCAAGUUUGGUCCUAAUUGCAAAUUUGAUCAUCCAAUGGGAACCCUUAUGUAUGGGAGUGCAACAUCACCAACAGGUGAUGUGUCAUCUUUGCACUAUCAGCUGUCACCCUCACCAGGACAUUCAGGAAUAUUGCUUGAUGGAGGAUCUGGAAGGUCUCAUCGGGUUCCUCAAUCUGAUUCCCAGCAAAUACCCUCUGGCGAUGGAAAUACUGAGAGAGAGGCAUCAUAAGCCCUCCUCGGCCUUUCCUCAUGUUACCUACCAUUCUUGACUCUUCAGUAAUUAUCUCCAACAAAUUCAAAGAGCUGAAGCUGUACAGGCCCUUGUCCAUCCUUUUGCUGCUUCUCUGAACCACCACACACCGGUGCUUCAUCAUGUAUCACACUCAGGCAGGAAAAAGUUCUUGCUUGCCCCCCAAUUCCUGCAUGCCCCGUGAAAAUAAAUGGGGCAACCAUUCUUAUUUAUCCCGACCAUAUAUACACACACAAGAUACACUCACUUCCUGACACUGUUCGGUGAAUGAUGUGCCUCAAUCCCUUUGUUGUAGUUAUACAGGUGGUCUGCAGUGGACAAAGCUUACCAAACUGACUGUAUUGGGGAUGCAACACCUCUUCUAUUUCCUUGUGCUCUUCCUCCUUUCUAGGCAUUGAGGAGUAAGCACAGGACUUGCUGCUUGUUCAAGUGUGCAUGCUGAAAACAACGGAAAUAAUGCGCUGGCUUCAUUGUAAUAAUUGUAAUUUAUGUUCUACGGACUGAAUUAUUUGUUCAAUAAAAGAAUCGUCCAUGGCUGCGCGAUCU